UGUGGCUUUGUCCAAAAAAAAAAUAAAAUAAAAAAUCCAAGGCCAUUGAAGGAUUUGUCUGGUUUUCUUUUACCCUUUGCCAUUCAUUUCCUCCGUCCAGAAUCCACACAGAGCCAUGGCUAGUUUUCGCAACAAAUCUAUGGUUCUGUGCCUCUGGUUAGCCACUAGUUUUGGCCUUGUCUAUGUAUCUGUAUUAGCUGAGCUUCAAAGAUUUGAACAUCCCACCAAAGGUGACGGGACCCUUAGCUUCCUGGUAGUUGGAGAUUGGGGAAGACAAGGAGAUUUUAACCAAUCUGCCGUCGCCCGUCAGAUGGGAAUAGUUGGAGAGAAACUAGAUGUAGAUUUCUUAGUUUCAACAGGAGACAAUUUCUACGAUGAUGGAUUAACAGGGGAGCAUGACCCUGCCUUUGUAGAUUCAUUUGUAAAUAUUUACAAGGCAAGGAGCCUUCAAAAGCAGUGGUAUAGUGUUUUAGGCAACCAUGAUUACAGGGGCGAUGUGGAGGCGCAAUUGAGCCCUUCCCUUAGGAAGAUUGACAGCAGAUGGAUUUGUUUAAGGUCAUUUAUAGUAAAUGCAGAAAUUGCUGAAUUAUUUUUCGUAGACACCACUCCUUUUGUAAAGGAGUACUUUUUUGAGCCAAAGAAUCAUGAAUAUGAUUGGAGAGGUGUAACCCCUCCCAAGACUUACACAAGAAAUGUACUGAAAGACCUUCAAUCAGCAUUAAGAGAAUCAACAGCAAAAUGGAAAAUUGUGGUGGGACAUCAUGCCAUUAGGAGUGUUGGCCAUCAUGGGGACACCAAGGAACUUGUUGAGAGGCUUCUUCCAAUUCUUCGGGCCAAUAAUGUCGACUUUUAUGUGAAUGGACAUGACCAUUGCCUAGAACACAUCAGCGAUGACAAAAGUCCUAUUCAGUUUCUAACUAGUGGAGCUGGAUCAAAGGCCUGGAGGGGUGAUCUCAAGGAAAUGAAGGAAGAAGGCCUAAAAUAUUUCUAUGAUGGGCAAGGUUUUAUGUCCGUUAAGUUGACACAGACUCAUUUAGAGAUAGCUUUCUACGAUGUUUUAGGAACAGUUGUACAUAAAUGGACAAUGUCCAAGCAGCUUCAUUCAUCUAUAUAAUCAAAAGCGUUCAAGCCCAAUUUUUGCUACUAAA